CAAAAUUAAUAUUCGUAUACCAACUCCAAAAUUAAUUUGAAAGGGAUAGAGUACAAUUGAUAAUGCGUAACAGCAAAUUCUUGCCGGCCCAACCACCUAAUAGAACCAGCCCAUCUGCGACAAUCCAAAUUCCGUACGUUCUGAUGCUUUUCCCGACGGCCUGUUCGCCGGCAACCCUCGUCAAUAGUCUCUGCACAUCCACACCUAUGAAUGGACGUAGAUAGAUAGAGAGAGUUCGUAGCUAUCGUUCUAAUGGCGGGUCCGUCGCUGAUGGAUACUAUCUUCCAGAGAUCCUUGGAUGACUUGAUUAAAGGAAUCCGGCUAUUCAGCGGCGGAGGCGGGGAAUCGGGUUUUAUUAACAAGUCCGUCGACGAGAUCCGCCGCGAGAUCAAGUCUACUGAUCUUCAGACGAAGGCCACUGCACUUCAGAAGCUGACGUAUCUCCAUUCUCUCCACGGUGUCGACAUGUCAUGGGCGGCUUUCCACGCCAUCGAGCUUUCUUCCUCGCAAUCCUUCAUGUACAAACGCAUCGCGUACCUCGCCGCCACGCUUUCCUUCGACCCUUCCACCACUGACGUCAUCCUUCUUCUUACUCAUCAGCUCCGCAAGGACCUCUCCUCCUGUAAUCAUCAAGAGGUUAGUCUUGCCCUCCACGCCUUUUCUUCCAUUUCCACUGUUGACUUGGCCCGUGAUUUGACGCCUGAACUUUUCUCUUUACUCAAUAGUAACAAAAAUAUCAUAAGGAAGAAAUGUAUUGCCACAGUAUUGAAAAUAUUCGACCUAUACCCGGAUUCAGUCAGAGUAUGUUUCAAGAGAUUGGUCGAAAAUUUGGAGUGCUCUGAUCCUGGUGUGGUGUCAGCAGUUGUGGGUGUUUUCUGCGAACUAGCUACCAAAGAUCCUAAAUCAUAUUUACCCUUGGCGCCUGAGUUUUAUAAGAUCUUAGUGGACUCUAGGAACAAUUGGGUAUUGAUCAAGGUUUUGAAGAUUUUUGCCAAGUUGGCACCUUUGGAGCCAAGGUUGGCCAAGAGGCUGGUGGAUCCUAUUUGUGAGCAUUUGAGGAGGACAGGGGCUAAGUCUUUGGCUUUUGAGUGUAUUAGGACUAUCAUGAGCAGUCUGAGUGAGUAUGAAACUGCUGUGAAGCUUGCAAUAGAGAAGUUAGCUGAAUUUAUGGCUGAUGAUGAUCCGAAUCUUAAGUAUCUUGGACUGCAGGCGCUCACGACAGCUGUGCCUAAACAUUCAUGGGCAGUUUUGGAGAAUAAGGAGUUUGUGAUCAAAUCUCUGAAUGAUGUUGAUGUGAACAUCAAGCUUGAGGCCUUAAGGCUGGUGAUGGCAAUGGUGUCUGAGGAUAAUGUGCCUGAAAUUUGUAGGGUUUUGAUAAACUAUGCUCUGAAAUCAGAUCCUGAAUUCUGUAACGAGAUUCUAGGGUCCGUCUUGUCUACCUGUUCAAAAAAUGUCUAUGAGAUCAUUAUUGAUUUUGAUUGGUAUGUGUCACUUCUCGGGGAAAUGGCAAGACUUCCACAUUGUCAAAAGGGGGAAGAAAUUGAAAACCAACUUGUAGAUAUUAGUAUUAGGGUGAGAGAUGCUAGACCACAGCUUGUUCAUGUUGGGCGAGAUCUGCUUAUUGAUCCUGCAUUGCUUGGGAACCAAUACAUACACUUUAUAUUAUCUGCUGCUGCUUGGGUGUCCGGUGAGUUUGUUCAGUUCUCAAAGAAUCCACAUGAACUUAUUGAAGCAUUGCUUCAACCGCGAACUAGUCUCCUACCACCUUCAAUAAGAGCAGUGUAUAUCCAGUCUACACUCAAGGUGUUGACCUUUUGCAUUGGUCACUAUCUUUUCUCAGGUCAGCCUGUUUCUUCUGGAGUAACACAUUUAAUCCCGUUCGAGACCACAGAUUCCAAUUCACCCAUUAGUAGUACUUCACCAACUGGAAUUGAAACAAACGAGGAAAUCAAUCCAUGGGCUUUAUAUUGGCCAGCUGUAGCUGGAGAUGUUUCUAGAGAAUCUAUUAUAAAUCUUUUCAAUCUUGUUGAAGCAGGUCUGCAUCCAUUAGUAGGGAGUCAUGAGGUGGAUGUACAAGAAAGAGUAAGAAACGUCAUAGGAUUUGUUGAAUUGCUGCGUGAUGAAUUUCCUGGUUUCUUCGCCCAGAGGGAAAAUGAAAAUGGAAUAGGAGGAGAACUAAAAGCUCAUGAAAUUAUCAAACUGUUGCGUGAUGCAUUUUUGGAGGAACUAGUUCCUAUUUCUGUGAUUUCUCAGGAAAGGGUACCUUUACCCGAUGGACUAGUUCUUAAUGAGAAUCUGAGAGACUUAGAAGCAAUCUGUGGUGGUGGUGAUAUUGUGUUGCCCACAUCAGGUUUAUUUUCUUUUGGAAGACCAUGUCAUGUUGAAAAAAAUGAUAUUCAUGGUUAUGUUAGCCAAGAGAACGAGGAAUCUGAACCAAUGAUUGAGUCAACAUCUCUACUUGCCGAGCAUCGUAAGAGGCAUGGGUUGUAUUAUUUACCUUCGCAGACUAUGAAGGACACAUUACCUGAUGAUGACUACCCUCCUGCUAAUGAUCCUAUUAUUGGAGGAGAUACUGACAAGACUGAGGAUCUUAUCAAGCUAACAGAGCAAUCUUUUAUGCCAAAGAGGAAAUCAAACCAAACGAAGCCUAGGCCUGUGGUGGUAAGAUUGGAUGAUGUUGAUGGAUCAAAUAUUGUGCCCAAAAAGCUUGAGUCAAAGAAUGAUCUAAUAUCGGUUGCGGUUCGAGAUGUUCUUAAAGGUGAUGAUGAUUCUCUAGCAUCUACAUCACGGGGUAUGAAACCUGAGAAGUUAUUAUCAAGAAAGAGAAGGGAGAAGCAAUCAAACAUAGAUAAAACUUCUGGACUAACUGAUGACUUGAUGACUGCCAAGAGCACUGAGAAUGUAGAUUCUGUGAAGAGCAAGCACCAUGGUCAUGGUAAAGAGAAGAAAAGUAAAAAUCCGGUCAAGAACAAAUCCCGACUUCGACCAAAUAUAGCUACAUCUAUUGAAGCUCAAUCAUCUGUAAUUCCUGAUUAUCUCUUGUAGCUUUGGAGGCUCAGACAAAUAGAAACUUAAAGUUGUGAUUUGAAGGUGAGCUCUGUACAUCCAUCAGCAUACUCUUUUCUCUUGGUUCUCAAUACAUCUCUUUUGAGUAGGACUGGCAUGUUUUUUUUUGUAUCUUCAUCAUUAUUAAGAAAUGAUAUUUUGUGUCCAUACGAUCUAGCCUAAGUAUUACAAAGAGCCAAUAGUAACUUAUCUGCACCAGGUCUUCCUUCCUUAACACAUUGAUUGAUUCACACUUUAAUAGUAAUCUUUCACUAGUA